AUGCACCUUUUGGAUCUUCCUCCCGAGCUCGUUUAUAUGGUAGUUCACGCUUCCAUCCUGGCACGAAGCUUCAAACGGGCCAUGAGACUGAGGCUCGUGAGCCAUGCGCCCACCAAAGGCACCUUCCGCGACCUCGUCGAUGACGCCAUCGUGAACUUCCGUAUGCUGCACGAUGUGACCGAACCCCACGAUUUUCGCUGGGAGUUCCAUCCCCGCCACCAGGCCUGGAGAGCGUACGCCCAGCGCUACCUUGCCGAGUGCAUCAUCCGCCGCCCUAGUCGGCAUCCUCCAUUAUACGAGGAAUCCCGCCUGCGGUAUGUCGUUGAUCGGGUCGCCAAGCUCACCGGUGAAGUGGAUGCCCCAGCGAAACGGCGCCUGAUACACUCUCUCAUGGGCAUGUGGUGCUUCUUCGGCCAAAGGCACACGAGCCCGGACUACAUCCGAGACCGGCUUUCCCGACUAUACUCGGAGUGCCGCUUCUCUAAGGAGUCCUCGCCCGCGGCCUCCUUCGACGAGACAGACCUUCAUUGCCUCACACUCGAGGCCGCCAUCUACCUCGGUCGCAUCGAGCUCGUACGCCAGCUGCUCGCCGUCGACGACCUGUCGGCUUGCAUGCGUAGGAUCGGUCAUGCGUCGAGGAGGCCGGAACUGGCAUAUUACCCUGCACGGAGGAGGUUGGAACUGGCCGCCUACUCUGGUAGUGUUGAGAUUCUCAAGCUUCUCCUCUCAGCUGACCUUGGCGUCCUCGAGACAGAGUUAGACAGCGAAGGGAGGAUGAAGGGGCACAUGCCCGCAGUAUCCGCAAACCUGGCCUCAAAGCAGGGCCACCAUCACUUUUUCAACUACAUUCUCGACAUCAGCGAGCCUUUCCCGGGCCUACGCCGCCACCUAGGGCUUGUGCACACAGCACAAUCCGAGCAUUAUCGCGAAGCUAUGCGGAGUACAGCCUUUCCGGAGGACCUUGAGCGGAUGACUGCUAUAUUUCGACGCGCGCUCCUGGAACCAGGCCCCCCAAUAAAUCAGUCCCCAGUCUUUUUCGGCAACCAAUGGCACCAGCUGGCGUACAGUGCCUCUCUGGGGCGUGCAGAAGUGGUGCGGUACCUCCUCGAGCAAGGCGUACGCAUAGAUGCGGAGGCCGUUGUUAGUCUACGCGGUGUAAGCAAUUGCCGCAGCCCCAUAAUAUGCACUAUCACAAAAUCCGGGAGUGUGGAGCUACUAAGGCUCCUGCUUGAUCACGGCGCGGAUCCCAACGGCAGUAUUCCAGAAAAUGCGCCCUUGCUAGCUGCCAUUCGCUGGGGCACUCCUGCCAUGGUUCAAGUAUUGAUCGAGUACGGGGCCGAUGUCAACAAAACUAUCCCGCCGGCAAUCAUCGCAGCCUUGUUUGUGGAAAGCGAGGAGAUAUUCCGCCUUCUCAGGGGAGCUGGAGCCGUCCUCGAUAACUCACCGCAGAUUGGGGGACGCGCUAUGUCAUUAUGUCAUCACGAGCUUGUCGUCAGCAAGCUGUCGAGCCACAGCGCAAAGGUGGUGUGCGAAAGUUCCAGUUCAUGGGGUCCCGACUUCAUCUCCAUAGUAGACGGCUACUACUGCGACAUGUGCGAGCACGCCCUGUGGAAGCUGUGCUUGAAUCGCUUUGAUCUCGAUUGCUGGGAUAUGCACAAGAUGGAGUUGCGAAUGACCAGGCGAACGAUCGCUUCCAGGUCUGAGGCUGGCUCGCUUAGCAAAAAGGUCCAUAAGCGUAUCGAAUACUGGGACUAG